AUGUGUCUAUUGUCAGUGUUAGUUAGAGGAGACAACGAACGGAAAUGAAGGCCAGGACAAGAGCCUGCCAUUAACACUUCAAGAAGUAAGCAAGUAAUUGUAAAUUUUUGCUUUUUGGAAAAAAAAAAAAAAAGUCAGCUACAGUAAAAGAAAAAGAGGAGACGACAAUGAGAAUCUCAUGUACAUUUGUACUGGUUAGUGCAGACAGUCACUAAAAUUCAAGAAACAGUUUUUGUGACUGGAAGUGACUAGUGCCAACUGCCAUGGAUCGCCUGAUCCGCAAGAUCAGGCCUCACCUUCUAGCUUGGCUUCACAGAUCCCGUUUUGGUCCAGUAUCAUUUGUCAGGCGCUUCUCAUAUGAAGAUAUAAAGAGAGCAACUGAUGGUUUUCAUAGGAUACUCUACAGUGAUUCUAAUGGGACUGCUUACAGGGCCAAAUUUAAAGAUGGUGACAUUGCAUUGGUGAAAGAAGUAAAAGACCUUAGUCAAGAAAAAGAUGUUUUCUAUAGACAAGUGCAACUCUUGGGGCGCUUGCACCACCGUCACCUUCUUGCCCUCAAAGGCUUCUCCAAUGGCCGUAAGAGGUUACUUGUGUUUGACAACAUAGAAAAUGGAAGCUUGAAGGAGCACCUUAAUGAUCCUCUUAGGACUCCAUUGAAUUGGAAGACAAGAUUAAGGAUAGCAAUUGGAGUAGUAGCUGCAUUGGAAUAUUUGCUUCUCUUUAGUAACCCACCAAUGUAUCAUGUAUCCAUUAGUUCAAGCAAUAUCAUGCUCGAUGAGAACUUCACUGCCAAGCUCUCCAGUGUCAGCCUUCUUAGUUCCGUUGAAAAUUAUGUUACAACGCCUCAUGCAUCGUGCACAGGAGAUUGUAUGAACCAGAGUUGUGGAAACAUAAUCUUUCAGCUGGGAGUGCUAAUCUUGGAGUUAAUAACUGGUCAGUCGUCAGAGAAAGGAAGCACGGAUUUAAUACAAUGGAUUCAAGGGUCUCGCUUUCGCAGUUCCAUCCAAAACAUGAUAGACCCUGAUCUUGGAAACAGUUACGACUCUAAAGAGCUUAAAAAUCUCCUAGCUGUAGCAAGACUCUGUAUAAAAUCUGGAAAUAAACCAAAAUUUUCAAUUCCGCAGAUGUUUCGGUAUCUGCAGAAAAAGUUCGACAUUCUGAGUGACUAGUGUAGGUGCAUUGAUGUGAAAUUCUUUUAUUGUUGAAAUUCAAAUCAAUACCACAAAGCUUUCCUGUCCAAAGGCUGAGGUCCUUAGAUUAUUUGUACAUCUUAGACUAUAAAUCAGAAUAGCAAAAUACUUUACAUAUAAACUAGCAAAAGACUGAUAAGAAAAAGGGUAGACCGUUUUCAUUAAUCUGUAUUGUGCUGCAAUUGCCUGUCGAGCAGCUCCUAGAUUUUGAACUGUUCAAUGAUGUAUUUUUAUGAACACAAAAAUAUAUAUUAAAUUUCCUGAUA